UCGCCGAGACACGCAACCAAUCACGGAGUUGUCUUCGGAGGUUUGGCUUUUAUUUUGAUACUACUAUCAGCGAAAUUCCUUGGUGGUAACUGCUAACUUGAUGCGCAGGCAUGUAGAAGGAAGCGGAUUUUUUUCAGAUUUGUCUUUAUGCCCCGUUCUUGGUUAAAAAGUAUUGCUACAAAAAUAAUCAUAUCUGUAAUAUUGUUAAUUUACUGUUAUUUUUCAACGGGGACACUCCAAUCGCAGCCCAAGCAUAAAAGGCUUUUAUUUCGAAGUUGACAAUCCGGAAAUGUUGUUUCUUCUGCAUGACAGGCAUGCACUGAUGAGUAAACAUUAAAGCAGUUGAAUUCAUUCAGGACGAAAGCCAAAGACUUCGGUGAGACAUGCCUUUCUCCGUGGCUUGAGCUCCUUUCCGGAGCUUCUAUUUAGUAAUAUAGGUUGAUUUGUGUGAGCGAUUAAUGGCCAACGUGCUAAAGAUGCUCGGUGGGGAACCCUUUCAACGGACGCCACUUUUGCAUUUGAAUCAAAGGGGACAUGUAUAACUAGCAGUCCGCUAUGGAAAAUAACGAAUGUAAAUCCGCGGACGGCGUUUUCGUCUUCUUUGUAGCUGGCUAUUCAUAGUGCCUCGUGUGAGCGUGACUGUUGCUCCCAAACGUGAUGACGCCACUGGUUCGUUCGGCAAAGUCGUGCUAAGAGUAGCAGAGCACGCCCUGUCAUGAAUAAAGGUGACUACCAGCAAAUUGACCCGAGGACACCUGGGACUCCCACGCCCACCUCGUCGGGUCACCACCCCCAACCCAGAUGCCAUCCCCUACCUCAACCCCUGAGAAAACCUCGGAGGAGGUGGGAGGUCUUACCUGGAAAGAACCGCUUCUUCUGCGAUGGACGUCUCAUAACGGCCAGUCAGAGCGGUAUGCUGCCCCUAACCCUAGGGCUCAUCCUUGUCACCAGUGGAUUAUUCUUUAUAUUCGACUGUCCUUUCCUGGUCAAGCACCUGACAAGCUACAUACCCGCCGUGGGAGGAGUCCUCUUUGUAUUUGUGCUGGUCACGCUGCUUCAGACCACCUUCUCAGACCCCGGCAUCCUGCCUCGAGCGACGACGGACGAGGCGAUCGACAUCGAGAAGCAGAUCGACAACACCGGCAGCGCUAGCUACCGACCCCCGCCGCGCACGAAGGAGGUGCUCAUCAACCAGCAGGUGGUCAAGCUCAAGUACUGCUUUACCUGCAAGAUGUUCCGUCCUCCGCGCACUUCUCACUGCGGCCUGUGCGACAACUGCGUGGAAAGAUUUGAUCAUCACUGCCCCUGGGUGGGCAACUGCGUGGGCAAACGAAACUACCGUUUCUUCUAUGCCUUCAUCGUGUCACUCUCUUUUCUGACGGCGUUCAUCUUUGGGUGUGUGGCUAUUCAUCUGACAAUGAGGACUCGGGAUGAGAAAAGCCUGGUUCUUGUCCUCCAAGAGAGUCCAGGCAGUGCCGUGGAGCUGGUGAUUUGUUUCUUCUCAGUCUGGUGCAUCUUGGGUCUCUCAGGCUUCCAUACGUACCUCAUCGCAACCAACCUCACCACAAACGAAGACAUUAAAGGUACUUGGUCAGGGAAGAGCGGCGCACGGGACCUCACCAACCCCUACAGUCACAGAAACCUGAUCAUCAACUGUUGCUCUGUACUCUGCGGACCCAUGCCACCCAGUUUGAUCAACAGACGAGGCCUCCUCUCCCCAAAUGAACACCCUCAGGCAGAUGCAGACAUCGAAAUGCCUGCCACAGACGACUCAAACUGGAUACAUGUGGGGAAGUCGCAGUUGGCCACAGGCCCGGCGGCGAAUGCCGAGCCCACCCCGGACGUCUCCUCACACUGCGAAGCGCACCGGAGCGCCGGCCCACUGCCUAAUGAUGCCUCUCAUAUGCUCCCCGCUGAGACAAAAGCCAAGAAAACAAAAAAGCGCAUGGCCAAAGUUGCCUCUGAUGUCCAGGCUUCACGCCGCGGCCAAAAGGAGGAGCCAUAAAAGUGACGGUUCUUUACCCCUUUCGCCCGGAUGCCACUUGUUUGAUAUAUUUUGAUCAACCUUUUCGGGGAAAGUUUGAGAAAGGUGCACUUUUUACUCACUUAUUUUCAAACUAAUUGUUGUUGUAGAUGUCCCCUUUUUAUGGGUGAAAUGAUGCACUAAAAACUUGGGUCCAUGUGUUCUAGAUCUGUUCGGACUGUUGAAACUGGAUAAAGGUUUGGUUUGUGUCAAAGGAAACACCAAUACGCAUCUUGUUUUGCCCUCAAAUUGAGCUUGUAUCCAUUAAUAUCGUGUAGUUGUCCACUGGAAUCACGUUUACUCUCAAUGAAGACAACUUUACCUCUCUUUUUGGCCAA